UCUCCGUAGGCUGUUAUCUAGCUGGUUUCCCAGGAUCUCUGUUAAUCGAGGAUUCAAUAUGUCAGACUUCAAAAUGAUCCGGAGUCCUAAAACAGACCAGGGGAUUGUGCUUGAAGAUGAGUGGCCAGGCUACGACCUAAACCUUUUCACUUACCCUGAACAUUACCACGGAGACUUGGAGAACAUCUACAUUCCGCACGGUGUCAUCAUGGACAGGACUGAGUGCCUGGCCAGACUAGUGGUGGACGACACAGAUGACAACUACAUGGUGGUGCUGUGCGUCCUCAAAGGGGGCUACAAGUUCUGCGCUGACCUGGUGGAGUGCAUCAAAGCAGUGAGCCACAACACCCCCAAACACAUGACCGUCCGAGUGGAGUUCAUCCGCCUCAAGAGCUACCUGAAUGACCAGUCCACAGAGGACCUCCACAUCAUCGGCCCAGAGGAUCUCUCGGUCAUUACAGGAAAGAACGUCCUGAUCGUGGAGGGCAUUGUUGACACAGGAAAGACCAUGAAGGCCCUGCUGAAGCAUGUGAAGACCUUCCAGCCUAAGAUGGUCAAGGUUGCAGGUUUGCUGGUGAAGAGGGUUCCUAAUGUGGUUGGAACUCUGCCGGACUAUGUGGGCUUUGUCAUCCCUAACCGCUUUGUGGUGGGCUACGCCCUGGACUACAACGAGUAUUUCCGUGACCUUAACCACAUUUGUGUGAUCAGUGAUCAGGGGAAGGUCAAGUACAAGAUCUAAGGAGGGGUGAAGUGCAGAUCUGCAGACGUCUCCCCUGGACUCUCUCCAGCAGCGCUUGCAGCCAGAGGGGAAAGACAAACCUCCAGCUCUCCCACUGAUGAUGAUUUUUUUCCCCUGCUAAAACCCAUCAUUCUAUUGAUGGCUGUAUUAUGAUAGCUGUCCCAAAGGAGAUAUUGUCCCCAAAAGCCCUUGAAUUUUCGAUUUACAAUGUUUCUUUUGUGUUGUUUUAUACACACCGGGCCUUACCGAUAGCUGUCUGGUAUUUUCCACUAUGUGUUUAAAAAAUAUGACACAUUCUAAUAGCCCUUGACAAAUGUUCCCGCAAACCUUAGACCAAGAAUGUUCUACUACCUGGCAGCUUUUUUGGAGUGUUAUGACUACUAAGAGUUCAGUGGCUGAGGAGGAAGGUUACAUUGCAUUUUACCUUUCAUAAUGUUGAUAUUAUCAUUGUUUUGUGUGAGCUAACAUGUGCUUUCAAUUCAACCUAU